AUGCUUGCUACCCGUACAUUUCAUUCUCUUUCUCCCGGAUUCUUCCGUUCUGCCUCUCAAUUGUUGCGUCCCUCCAACUCUUUGGCUUCCUCUUCUUUGUUGAAUAAUGUUUGGAAACGCUCCGUCGUUACUGAACACAUGACGGACAUGGAGGGCCGUUCCCGCCUUGCUGACCAGCGUCUUCAUCGUCCCAAUUCUCCCCAUUUGAGCAUCUAUGAACCUCAACUAACUUGGUACUUGUCCAGUCUCCACCGUGUCACUGGUGUUGCCUUGGCUGGUACUCUUUAUCUUUUUGCUACUGGAUACUUAGUUGCUCCUUUGGCUGGCUAUUCUCUUGAUACUGAAACCAUCUCUAGUCUUCUUCAACAAAUUCCUACAUGGAUAAAGGUUCCUGCCAAAUUCGCCGUCUCCUAUCCUUUUACUUUCCACAUUUUUAACGGACUUCGUCAUUUGAUUUGGGACACCGCCAAAGAAUUAACUCUUAAAGGUGUCUACCGUACUGGUUAUGCUGUUCUCAUCGCAUCUGUGUUAACUUCUGGCUACCUUUCUUUUGUUUAA